AUGGCCACUUUAUUAUCAUCAAUGUCGAAUGCCGCCUAUUUAUUAUCUCCUAAAAAUGAUUCAUCAUCACCUGAUUCCCAAUUCGUUGAUAUUCUAUUAAAUGGUAGUCACGAUCAAAUUGUUCAGUUUAUUAAUCGUUGGUGUAAACAACAACGUCGUUCUCGUUUACAAACUAUUGUCGAUUCUACUCAACAUCAUGACAUAUUUUUAUCGCUCAUUAAUACUCUUACUCAAACACAAAAUAGUGAAUAUCAAUUAAAUUGUUUACAAUUAUUACUUGAAUUAAAUAUUUUACAUCAUCAAAAUUAUGAUCAAUGUACAUAUUUACCAGCUAUUUUAAAAUGUCUUGCAUCCCCAUCGCCCGAUGUCAAUCAGUUAUGUUUACAAAUAUUAACAAAAGAAAUUCAAACUACACACGAUAUUUCCAAUUAUUUACACAUUUAUAUCCAAGAUGGACUUCAGUCACAACAAACACGAGUAGUAGUUAAAUCGAUUCAGUAUCUAAAAGAUAUCAUCACGAAAAAAUUACAAUAUGAAAAUUUAUCACCCAUUAUUGAAUUAUUGUUAAAAUAUUUAAAUGAAAACACAUUUCGUUUAACCUAUGAACAUAUUCUUGUGGAUGCUGUAAAACAUAUGAAAAAUGUGCUCGGAAAUGAUAUGUUUAAUACCUAUUUAGAUACAUAUUCAAGUACAUUGAGAAAAGCUUAUUCUGCAUAUGUACAAGAAGCAAAUAAUAAUAAUAAUAAUGAUGAGAAUGACGAUGACGGAAAUGAUACGAAUUUAGAUGAUGCAGAGGAGGAUGAAACACCAAGAGCAAUAGACAACGAGAAAUUGUCAGUGAUAAAUGGUUUUAAAUCAAAUGGUAUUCAAAAUUCUUUGGCCUAUUCGAACAGUGAUAGUGAUAAAAAUCUUUCAUCAUUGCAUAACAAACCAUUUAUUAACAGUACUAGUAUUAAUGAUGAUUUUAGUCAAAUUGUUGAAUUAAUUAAAACAAAAUGGUUAAAUUCAAAUGAAACAAUACGUUUACAAUAUUUAGAAAAAUUUAAGUUAGCAUACGAAAAUCAAUUAAUAACAAUUAAAACACAAGGAAUAGCAAAUAAAAAUGAUCAAUAUUUUCAACAAAUGUUUUUAACAUUUUUAACAAGUAUUUUAGACCUUCUUAUGUAUAUUACAUCGAUAACAUUAGAUAUAUCAAUGAAAAUAAAAAUACAUCUUUGUUUAUGUUUAAUAUGGCUCAUUAAGAGUUUAAUGAAUCAUUGUAAAACAUAUUAUAAACAAUUAUGUACAAUAUUUAAAAAUAUUCUUUGUAAUGGAAAUGCAAAUAAUCGACAACUAGCGAAAUUAUCUGUUAGUUUAACAAUAUUACUAGGAAAUUAUGUUCAUCCACAAUUAAUCUUAAAUGAAUUAAUCGACAAUGAUCUAUUUGAUUCUUAUACAUUUCGUAUUCAAUUAGAAAUGUUAGCGAUUGUCACUGCAACAUUACUUAAAUAUCGUCAUCACAAAUAUGAUCAAUUAUUUUUAAUAUGUAAACGGUUUAUUCCAUUGUUAGUAACAAAUCGUCGUGAAUUAAGACACGGAACAAUUGAAUGUUUUACAGUUAUUUGUUAUUACAUGAAUCAAUAUCAAAAACUACCGUUAGAUGUUGAAACAAUUAAUUUACAAUUGAAAUUAUUAUUUGAAACAAUUGAACAAUUACCGUUAAAUGGAUAUGAAGCUUCUCUUGCGCUCAAAUAUCGAUUACAACGAAAUAUUUUGCCAGUAUUAACUGAUGAAGGAAAUAUUACGCCAGGUCUCAUUUUAAGUGAUCAGACAAUGGUAAAUGAUCCAGAUGUUAAAUUUAUUUUGGCUGUUAGCCUUCAACCAUCGCCCUCACCAACAUUACAUCAACAAAAACAAGAUGAACCACAACAACCAAGAAUAAUACAAAAUAAUAAUAAUAAUAAUUCAAAGUUGUUACAUUUAGCCAUGCCAUUGGUCCAAAAAACAAAUGAAAAGAAUGGUGUGUCGACGAAUGAGGUGAUGAGAAGUCGGGAGAUACCUCCUUUACGUCCACCAGAUGUCGACACUUUUACUAAUCAUCAUCAUUUCGAUGCAAAUCAUGAAUGGGCUAAAAAAUUAUCAUCAACAAAAGAUACCACAAUAAUAACUCCUCAAGAAAAUACGCUACAAUUUCGACCGGUAAUACCACGACGAAAUUCAAGUACAUCAUCUUCUCGACUACAUUCAAAUCUACUAACAACUAUAAGUACCAACACGCAACCGUUUAACACAAAUAACCACAAUCAUACCGAUCUAAUAAAUAAACGUACUCAUUACGAUUUAGAUCUUGAUAAUGAUGAAGGAACCGAUAGUGCGAUUGAAUCAAGAUCAUUAUCUAUAAAUACAUCAGACGAGGGACUAUCACAAGAGCAAGAUUCUAAUAAUCCGUUAAAAAAACCCAUACGUUCUCUUCACAGUAGUUCAACAAGACGAAAAGCUGAUAAAAUAUUUAGUGAUUUUGAAUCAAUAUCAACAAGAACAUUAACACCUGAAAAUAGUAACGAAAGUGGAGUUUAUUCACAAUAUUCAUCUGGACGAGAAUUAGACAAUACAUAUCAGAAUAAUUCUAAUAAUCAUAAUAAUGAAAAUAUAGAUGAUGCAAUUAUAAGAUCAAAUCGUACAAUAGUCAAAGAUCAAUUAUUUUCAACAAAACCUCGUCUAGCUCGUUCCGGUUUAAAAAAUAAACAACAACUACUUACGGAUCUUUCAUCAUCAAAACAACUAGAUUAUAAUCCUACAUUUCGAUCACCACCAUCAAGUACAAAUGUUGAAAUUGUUGGUAAAGGCUAUAUGGAUGAUCGACCAAGAAGAUUGUCAGCAGACACUGACGAAAAACCAUUGAUUAAUAAAAAUCGUGCAAAAAUAAUCAAAGGAUCUGUAAUUACGACGCCUUUGGGUGUAGCAUCCCAUACAAAUGUUGGUAGUGAAGAUACCAUUGGUGAUGAUGGACAAGAAAUUGGUGUUAUUGGAAAAGCGGUUUAUCUUCCAAUGCGAACAAACCGUGCAGACUCUGAUCCAUCAAAAAUAAUAAACUAUUCACAACAACAAAAAUUAUCUAAACGAAACGAUAGUGAAAUAUUUUCCGAUUUUGAUAGUGAUACAAAAGAAAACGAAAGUAUAUUUGGGCGCGCGACACUUGAGUGCCGACAUGUGGGCGCAUGUACCACAAAAGCAUUCAGUAAGAGUGCAUUUGUUAAAGUUUCCUCUGCAAUAUGUAGGUGUUUUUUCGAUUUUGAAACAAAACAUGCACAUCCGUUGUAUCAUGAAAUAGAUAGUACUGAAUAUGAUGAAAAUAAUGAUAAUAUUAUUUUAAAGCUGGUUGAUCUUGGUCAUUCAUUAUCAGCAUCAUUUCGUUUACGUGUUCAACAAAAAACUCAAGAAAAAAUUGAACAAAAAGAACGACGUCGUCAAGAACGUGAAAUUAAACGUCGUCAAGAAUAUUUUCAACCAAAAUCGAAUUUGACAAAUAAUUCAAAUCAAGCAAUGUAUGAUGAUCAACAACAACCACCAACAUCAUCCACAUGCACAAGUCGUUACUCAUCAAAUCCUGAUUUAUCAUCAAUAACAACAAAUAGUGAUUUACCUCCAACACCGAGACGAAUGAUUAUCAAUGAUAGUAAUAAUAAUGUUCUACCGAAUGUUGCUUCUCAAAAACUAAAAAUUUAUAAAAAUUCUAUGGCAAGAUCACAAACAUUUAAUAAUCGACGUGAUUUAUCUACAACUGAACAACGACUCACAUUCAAUAGACCAUUGUCAGAAGAUCGUGUUACAGAACAAUUAAGAAAUCCAGAAGCUGUUUACAGAGAAGCCAUGGAAUCAAUUGCAUCCGAUGAUUGGGAAAGAAAAUGUUCAGGUUUAGGUCUAUUACAACGUUUAGUUGCGCAAUAUCCAGAUUUAAUAACACAAAAUAUUCAUCAAGUUGUUCUUGUUUUAAUCCAAGAAGUAAAAAAUCUUCGAUCUCAAGUAGCUCGUUUUGCAAUAUCAACAUUUUCUGAUAUGUUUAAACAUUUAAAACGAAAUAUGGAUCUUGAACUAGAUUUAACUGUAAAAGCAUUAUUACAGAAGAAUGGUGAAACUGUUGACUUUUUUCGAUCAGAUACAGAAAAAUGUUUACAAACAAUGAUUGAUAAUGUAACAACUCAAAAAGCAUUACAAGCAUUGAUUGCUGGUGGUGCUAGUCAUCGUAAUCCUGCUGUUCGCAAAGCAUCAGCACAAUACAUCUAUAUUGUGUGUGAAAAAAUGGGUCCGGGUAAAAUUCUUAGUGGAAUUAAAGAUAUAACAGAACGUGUAUUACAAGUCGCAGCACAAUUUGUAUCCGAUGGACCACCAGAAAUAAGAUGGUAUGGUAAAAAAAUUUAUCAAAUGUUAAUGUCGUAUGAUGAAUUAGAUAAUAUGAUGCAACGAUAUUUAAAUCCUACAACAUAUAAACACAUGAGAGAAGUAUUAGAUGCAAUAAGAGUCAAAGGUGUUGGCGAAACGCCCAGUGAAUCAGCUCGUAAUAAUGGUAGACGAGCAUUACCAACAGAUAAAAGUGGUUCAACCGGAAAUUUAACAUCAAAUCAAUUUCCAUCUAUUCGAAAAAUGAAUAGUGCUGAUCAAGCAGAGCAAAUAAGAAAUAUUGUUAAACAAAUGCGUAGUACAGAUUUUCGUCAACGAAUGGAGGGUAUUGAACAGUUUCAAAAAUUGUGUGAAUUAGAAACAGAUACAGCUAUAAGCUCUCUUGUACAGAUAUUUGAUGCUUUCAAUGAUUGUUUGUCUGAUAUGAAUUCAAAAGUAACACUAAAGUCGUUGAAUACCAUGCAUCAAAUGGUCCCAAUAUUAGGUGAUUCACUAUCGAACGUAAUUAAUUCAACACUGCCAAUUAUAGCACAAAAUAUUGCGUCAAAAAAUAAUGAAAUAUCACAGUUAGCAUCGGAUAUUAUCGAUGCAGCUAUUGAAUAUAUUGAUAGUGGGGUUUUACUGCAACCAUUGUGUGCACUUAGUCAAACGAGUAAUCUACGUGUUAGGCCUGAAAUUGUGCUCAAAUUAGCUUCUAUCGUUCCAAAAGUAUGCCAACGACGUCAAAAACAAGUAGAAAUUCAUUUAUUACCAACAUAUUGGAAAUUAUUAGCAUUAUUACGUGGACAAAGUUCUUCAACAUUAAAUAACGCUAAUACAACAAUGACAACAUCAUCCGCUGGCGUUGGUAAUUUAAAUUCAUCUAUUCAUAUUCUAACGACAGCAUUGUACACUGAACUCGGCUCAGUAUUAAUUGAAAAAGCUAACGCAUCAUCAGCUGUUGCACCAAAAAAUGUUCAAUUAUUAAGAGAAUUAUGUACGAAUAUUGAUGCCGUAUAA